AGGGUUUGAUUGGGGUGAUUGGGCCGUGGUGGCGAUAAACGUACGAUCACGCUAGGACAAAGAUAGGGCGUGUGGAAUGGGGGAAUUAUGGAAGAAGUUCGGCACCACGGACAGCGAUCGACGUGGUGGUCGCCGUUCUGGCCGCUGAACCAUGAAGAUCCAGCUGCUGGUCUCUACAGGGAUCCUGCUGGUGGCUCUCCUGCCCUGCCAUGAGUGCAGAGCUCUCAGCAAGAGCGUUCCAGCCUCCGCUGACAGCGCUCUGCAGCAGCCAGAUCUUCUCCAAGAGCAGCCCCAGUCGCUGCCCAUCUUGCUCCGUGUGGGAGAAGAGUAUUUCCUGCGCUUGGGCAACGUCCACAAGAAUCCCGCUCCUGCUGCCUCCUCUUUUUCCUCCAUCUCCAGCGGCAGUCGCCAGCUCGCGGCGUCCGCGUCCGCCGGCAACUUUUUUCGAGCAGCUGUCCAACAGCUGCAGAAUCCCCCAGAGCGUUCGCUAGAGGGCGCCGCCGACCCCUGGGAAAGCGAAGACGACGGCGCCCACCUGGAGGCCACGGAGAAGGAAAAACGCUCCUCCAAGGACUCGCCGAUCUCCAUAGACCUGACUUUCCAUCUCCUUCGACAACUCUUGGAAAUGGCCCGAGCGGAGCAGUUGGCUCAGCAGGUGGAAAGCAACAGGAAAAUGCUGGAAACCAUCGGGAAAUGAAGCGCUCUCUGCCCUCCGCCCGCCCCCUACCAAAGAGAUCCUCCAGUUCGCACACUGUAUUUACACAGAUCCCUCGUGCUGUUGCGGCCCCGUCUUCGUUCUUUGAAUCGAGAGCUUUAUCUACAUAGAGCGUCUUCGUGGACGCGCAGCCUAAUAGAGCCCUUCAGUAGCAUGCCCGGCCUUGUACCCAAGUGUCGUUUGUGAUUUGCUGUCCUAACUCCCCCCCUCCCUCACUCACUCCCUCCUCAUCAAGGUUAAUCCAACAUUUUAGGGUGGGGUCCAGCGGCUCAGCCACUGGAACCUGGGCAAA